AUGAGUAGUAUGGAUGCGGAAAAUUUGUACAACGAAAUUAAACGCAGCAUUCAUGAGGCGGCAGAAGAGUCUCUAGGGCAUCAAGAGCAAAGACAUUCACGAAAUCCGGAAUGGUGGUCAAGAGAAAUAGAACAAUUGGUUGAAGAAAAGAAGAGAGCAUACGAGAAAUGGUUAGGCACGAACAAUGUAGAUGAUAGAAGAAUAUAUGCGCUGUGUAACAGAGAAGUAAAAAAAGCAGUUAUACAGAGUAAGAACGAAUUAUGGGAGAAAAAAUGCGAAGAGAUAGAAAGAUGCAUGGGAGGAACAAGAGUAGCAGAGGCGUGGAAAGCAAUUAAGAACCUGAGAAGAGAAAACAAGGAAAGUGCUGGAAUGAGUCUAAUAAAUAUGGAAGAAUGGGAGAAAUACUAUAGGACGUUACUCACCGAAAAACGAAAAGAUUUUGAGUUAAAUAACGUCAGGGUCGAGCCGAGUACAGUUUCGCCAGUAGAGGAAAUAACGGUGGAGAAAGUAAGGGAAGCAUUGCGGAGGUCGAAAAAUGGGAAGGCUGCAGGUCCCGGAAACAUCCCAAUUGAGCUAGUAAAAUAUGGACCGGACAUAUUGUUGGAGACCAUAACUGGGUUGUUCAAUAGGUGCCUGAAAGGUGACAGGGUUCCUGAGGAUUGGAAUUUGGCUUAUAUUAGCUCGAUCUAUAAGAAGGGAGACAAAAGUAUGUGUAAGAACUACAGAGGAAUAAGCGUUAUGAGCUCGAUGGCGAGAUUGUACGGCCGAGUACUGAAACGAAGAAUAGAGGAAAGUAUCGUGGAAAUAGAGGAACAAGGCGGCUUUCGAGCAGGAAGGUCUUGCACUGAUAAUGUUUUCGUUCUCCAGCAAGUAAUAGAAAAAAGGAAGUCCAGAAAUUGGCCUGAGUGGUGUGUAUGUGAAGGCCAUAUGGAACCUGUAUGUGGACGCUUAGAGCGCCGUUAA